GUAAGGGAGUACUGUGUGAUAGAGCCGAUCGUCCUCCCUCACAUCUUCGUACAGCUUGACGGGACUCAAGUUUCCUAUCUAAAUAUCGAACAAUAUACGAAGUGGUCAUUUGAUUAAAAAACAAAGCCCUACUAAAACUUAUUUAUCUUAGGUACUUAUGACCUUGGCACUAACUACGAUGUACCGUUUAAAUAUAAAGACCAAUCAAGUCAAUCAGGCCAAAAAGGGGGUUGUCAUUAUUGCGUUUCAUUUAUCUGCAACCAAGCUCCAAACACAUUGGCUUCAAUAAUUACUACCUCCCAAGGGGAUGUUACUGAGAUAUUACAAGUCGUAGAGUUCACUCGGUUAUUAGCUGAAUAGUUAUAUUUUUCAAUUGAUCGCGCCGGGCACUAUGUCUUCCCAGAAAUUCCAGGUUACUUCAGGAGGCGAAGAACGUGUCGGUAGGGUUGUUGAUGUGAUGGGCCCAGCUUUCGAGUUCGACCCCAUAUUCAGAUUCGAGCUUCAAAACUUCUCCCUAGCCGAGCAAAAGCGGAUACUACCGAAGCUCUUUCACAGCUUCUUCUUUGCCAGCGCUAUCAACGAUGGCAUGCUACUCGAGGCGGACAACUUCGGGUCUUGUGCUAUUCUCAUGCCGCCCGGAAAGACGAAUGAUAACUUCUGGACCGUGCUCCGAGCCGGCCUGAUACCCCGACUUUUCACUAUUGGACCUGCUGCUUGUAAGCGAAUCAUUUUAGACUACCCCGGCGAAAAUAAAGCCGCAAUGGCGAAGGCCCUUACACCUGCCGAACAGAAAGCACAUUGGUACAUCUUCAUCAUAGCUACGGCAAUGGACCGUCGUCGAGAAGGGCUUGCAAGCGCGCUACUUGUGUACAUGAAAGACAAAGCCCGAAGUGACGGACGCCCGGUCUGGAUCGAGGCUACAACAGCAGUCUCUCGUGACGUUUAUGCCAAGCACGGCUUCGAGGUCGUCACCGAAGUUAAUCUUGGAAAGGGGCAAGUUGGCCCUGAUGGUUUGGUGAAAAAGGAUGGCGAAGGAGUUACUGUGUGGCCGAUGGUAUGGCGUCCUGAGCAUUAGCCAGCAGGGAGGUACGGUGCGGGUACGAUUGUUGCGUAAAUAACGUAUAAUUAAUAAAAUUGGAAUUAGGAAUCUAUGGGCGUGAUUUCAAGUUGAAAGGUUCACUUAAUUAUUCCGUACCUAAAUUAGCAUGGAAUUUGGUUCUCAGCAGUACCAAAUGUGCGUUAUAUUAUUACCACUCUCAAACAUCUCAAGGCAACUCUCCCGGAUCUGCU